AUGGCAGCAGGAAUUUGGAAUAAAAUCAAAGGAGCAUUCGUAAAAGCUGGUAGAUGGAUUAAUAAUAAAAUAUUAAAACCAGUUGCAAAUGCAGUGAAACCAUUACUUCCAACAAUUGCAUCAACAGUUGGUGGUACACUAUUCGGUCCAGGUGGUGCAGCUGGAGGAAGAGUCGUGGGUAAUAUUGCUCAGAAUUUAAUCAAGUAG